GGGAGGGCCCCGCGCCGUCCCGCUCCGCCAGCGGCCCGGCCCAGCAUGCCGGGGCGGCCCGGCCCGCCCAGCCGCUCCGCACGCCUCUCUCCAUGCGGCUGGCCUGCAGCUCCUCCGCGCCGCCGUGCUCCCGCCGGGACGUGACUGCGGGACGCUGCUUGGCCGCCCGCCCGUCCCCGGGGCUGCCCGCAAUGGAGGCUCCGUAUGAUGGCACUGAAGUAACUGUGGUAAUGGAGGAAAUAGAGGGCACCUACACUUAUGCAUCACCAGUGCCAUCUAAGAAGAAAAAGAAAUAUAAAAGUGCUGGUGAUCAUGGAGAAAAAGCUAAAAAGCCCAGAUCUGCUUACCUCCUCUACUAUUAUGAUAUUUACUUGAAAGUACAGCAAGAGCUUCCCCACCUCCCUCAAUCUGAAAUCAACAAAAAGAUCAGUGAGAGUUGGAGGUUGCUCAGCGUGGCUGAGAAAAGCUACUACUUGGAGAAAGCCAAGCUAGAGAAAGAGGGGUUAGACCCGAACUCCAAGGUGUCCGCUCGGACCGCAGUAGUUCCAGACAUUCCAGGUUUCCGUAAGAUUCUUCCUCGCUCCGAUUAUAUAAUUAUUCCCAAAAGCACUCUUCAGGAGGACAGGAGCAGGCAGUCACUGGAGCUGUGUGUGACACAGGGUCAGGCAGCACCUGAAGGGAUGACUGCUUCCACCAACAUCUCCCGUGAUGCCGUGCAGAACGUCCUUUCCGUGGACUCCAGCCAGGCUGGCAUUCCUGAGCAGUGCAUCUCCAUUGAGGGGCUGGCAGAAGAGGCCACCUCCUUUGCUCAGCCAGAUGCUGUGGAAGAAGUGGUUGCCUCAGAGGUUCUCUCUCACUAUGUUGGGCCUGUGACAGAGAAGGUGGCUGGAGAUCUCCUCCUGGAUGAGGCUUCUUUGGAAAUAGAAGGGCAGCCGUACCAGACAGCCCGGGUGGUUAUUGAGGAGACCCUGGUGAGCAGCUCCACAGACAUCGCGGUGGCUCGUCCCCAGGUUUCAGAUGCUGUGUCUGUGGUGACUGUGGUGACUGGGAGGAACACUGAAGAGAGUAGCUCUUCUGCACCUGCUGCACAGUUCAUCAUGUUACCUUUGCCAGCUCAUUCUGUGGUGGAGAACCCAGCAUCAAUUAAAUUGACAACCACCUAUACCCGCAGGGGACAUGGGAAUUGCACCAAUCCUGGCUGUUCCUUCACUUAUGUCACCAGACAUAAACCACCAAAAUGCCCGACAUGUGGGAACUUCCUGGGAGGGAAGUGGAUCCCAAAGGAAAAGCAACCAAAAAGCAAAUCUGAGCCAAAUUCAGGCACCUCUUUAAAAAAUCCAGCAGCUAAAAGAGGUCAACAGCUCACAUUCCCAGAGCCAGCAGCUGUUAGUGAGGGUGCCUCCAGGUCUGCCUUGGAAAGCUCUGAAGCUGUCAGCCAGUUGCUGAGCUCUGUGCCUGGGGGAGGGCAACUGCGGGAGACCGAGUGGGAAGAAGUGAUCGUCUCCGAGGCUCAUGUUCUUGCCAACAAUGUGCUUGCUGAGGACAGGGGCUGCGCUGCUGCGGUGCCGCUGGGGCAGGAGGGCCAGCGACAAGGAGAUUCUUCUUCGGAGCAGGCAGAAAAAGAUGGCACAGGGCUGGGGAUGCCACCAUCUUCUGAGGCAUUGGGUCCAAACGCCCCUGCAAAGAAGCUGGUGGGAAUUGAUGCUCCAGCUGCUACACAUAAAGGACAAGAAGUGAAGAGCAAACCAAGACCCAAGCCCUCCUUGCUGGCUGCAGCCAGACCCAUGCGAGCCAUUCUGCCCGCGCCAGCCAGCGUGGGGAGAGAAACCAGCACGGAGCAGCCCAGCAACAGACAGGCCUUUGUCAAUACUGACAAGCAUUCCCCUGUGAGAACUUCAGGCUUGAAGCCCAGUACACUGAAACAAUUGGGCCAGUCAGUUCUGCAGCCACCAAACGUCGAGGAGAGAAAACAGCUUCACAGUGCUUUGACCAGCCGAGCAUCUCAGGUUAAAGUAGUGGAGGUCAAACCAGACAUAUUCCCUUCCUACAAGUACAGCUGCACCGUAACUUUGGAUUUGGGAUUGGCAACAUCACGUGGCAGAGGGAAAUGCAAGAACCCCUCCUGUAGUUACGUGUAUACAAACAGGCACAAGCCUCGGAUCUGUCCAAGCUGUGGAUACAAUCUUGCCAAAGACAGAGCUGAGAAAACAGCAAAAUCCCUGGAGGUCAGUCCGGGUCAGUCUGAUGUGCUGAACACCAGUGAGCCCCUCACCCCAUCCCAGAGGGAGAUCCAGCGCCAAUCCACCCUGCAGCUGCUGCGCAAGGUAGUGCAGGUCCCAGAGAACGAAUCCGAGCUGGCCGAGGUCUUCACGCUCAUCCAGGAGCUCAACAGCUCGCGGCUCAUCCUGUCCAACGUGAGUGAGGAGACAGUCACCAUAGAGCAGACCUCCUGGUCAAACUACUAUGAGUCUCCAUCUACGCAGUGCCUCCUCUGUAGCAGCCCAUUGUUCAAAGGGGGACAGAAUUCCCUUGCUGGUCCUCAGGAGUGCUGGCUGCUGACAGCUAACAGAUUACAGGUGGUUACAGCUCAGGUCAAAGUGUGCUUGAACCUGCAGUGUCUGGCCCUCCAUAGCUUCACUGAUAUUUACACAGGCCUUUUCAAUGUGGGUAACAAGUUGCUAGUGAGCUUGGAUCUUCUGUUUGCAAUCCGGAACCACAUUAAACUUGGAGAGGAUCCCAGAGUGGCUGUUGGCAACAUCCUUGACUCUGUGCAGGAGCAAACCGAGAAAAGCCUGAGCCCUGAGGAGCGGGCUCAGCUCCAGGAACUGCUGUGCAAUGGCUACUGGGCCUUUGAAUGCCUGACAGUCCGGGAUUACAAUGAUAUGAUCUGUGGAAUCUGUGGCAUAACCCCCAAGGUGGAAAUAGCCCAGAGGAAUGUGGAAAAUGUCCUGGCACUGAAAAAUAUAGAGUUUACCUGGCCAGAAUUCUUGUCAUCAAGUGAGGUGAAUGUAGAAGACUUCUGGUCAACGAUGGAGACAGAGGUGAUUGAGCAAGUGGCUUUUCCUUCUAGCAUCCCCAUCACAAAGUUUGAUGCCUCUAUUGUUGCUCCUUUUUUCCCUCCACUGAUGAGAGGAGCGAUGGUGAUCAAUACUGAGAAGGACAAGAACCUGCAUGCCCAGGCAGUGCCAGGCAAUGGGAGUGCCUUGGUGAGGCUCCUUCAGGAAGAAAACUUCAGGCUUGAGCUGAUAAGCUCUUACAGUGAGGAGGAGCUGCAGAGCUUUCUGACACAGUGCAGCAUCCCCUGGGAGGCUUCAGAUACAAAGGACCAGCUCUGCUACUCCCUCCUGGCUCUCUAUGAGUUUGUACAGAAUGGGACAAGUGUCACACAAACAUCUGCUCAUCACACAGGAGGGAAAAUCUACAAAGUGUGUCCACAUCAGGUUGUGUGUGGCUCCAAGUACAUCGUAAGAGGAGAAAAUGCCAGGGAUCAUGUGGACUUGUUGGUUUCCUCUCGUCACUGGCCUCCAGUAUAUGUUGUUGAUACAGCCUCUUCAGUGGCACUGUGUGCAGACGUCUGCUGUCCUGGCCUGACUUCCCAGAUGUGGGGGAAAAACCAGGGCUGCUUCUCUGACCCCAUGGAGCCUCCAACGUAUGUGUCCUGCCCGGAGCUGCUAGACCAGCACUACAGCGUAGACAUGACAGUGGCUGAGCACUCUGUCACACACCCCAUCACCAAGUCCUCUGCACGCCGGAUUGUCCACAUGGGUUUGGAGCAGAGCAGCCCCCAGGACCCCACAGCUCAGCACCACUGCAUCUCCCUCUGUCGGGAGCUGGAGCCCUACAGCGCCGUCAUCGCCACCAUCGGCCACAGCAGAACCAGCACCGUCCGCCAGCGGCCCAUCACCUUCGAGAACGCCACGCACUAUUACCUCUACAACCGCCUCAUGGACUUCCUCACCAGCAGGGAGAUCGUCAACCGGCAGAUCCAGGAGGUCGUGCAGAGCUGCCAGCCGGGGGAGGUGGUGAUCCGCGAUGCCCUCUACCGGCUCGGGGUGGCCCAGAUCAAAACGGAAACAGAAGAGAAUGAAGAGGGGAAGCAGGAGGAUGAUACAGGUUGCUGAGUAGUGGAACAGCUUGUUGGUUUCUCUCUGUGGUCGCGUGGAGGAGUGGGCUGGGCCAGCUUCUGUGAGGCUUGAGAGCUUAUUUUUACAGAUUGGAGGUGUGAUGCUGGUGGCUUUGAUUGCUGUAAAUGACCAAAGAGCUGUGUGCUUCCAGAGUGUCAUGAGAGAUGCUGUGAGAGUGGGUCUGUCACCCCCCUUGUGAAGGCUGCAGCUGCCUCCCGAGGUGUGCGAUGGACCCCCUGUUCCAGGGUGUGGGAUGUUGCCCUCCCUGGAGCUGGGCAGUGGAGAAGGGAGCUGCAGUUCUGGUGACGGGGUGUACACAUGGUCAAGCACACAGGUUUUUAAAUUCUGAAUCUUGCUUGCUGACUUCUUUGUGCAUAUUGGUGGCAGGGCUGGGUGUGUGGGAGCAGGCAUGAAAGGCAGAUGGCUAAGAUGAUUUCCCCAAAAAAUCUUCUGGAUAGAUUAGUUUAGGACACGUGACACCUGCUUGGAAAUCUUGCAGAGCUCUUAUAUACAUUGGCUGCAAAGAGUCCUUAGUUGCGGAGGAAGAGGAGCUGUGCAGCUUCAACACACUGUAUCUUAGGCGCUUCCCUGGUCUGGGAUUGUGGGUGCUUCAGAUGCAGAAAGUUUCUAGAAUUGUUUGUCCCUUCACAUAAGCACUAAUCAUCUAGAAGCUGAAAUAUACACUGAGUGAGAAGUGUUCUGUAAGUUAAGAAUUGACUGGUUGAGCCCCAGGGGAACAAGCUCAUUGGAGCUUGUAGGAGCACUGUGUGAGGUGGUGGAUGUGGAAAGGACACUCAACAUUCUGGAUACGUGUUUGGUGAGGUUUUUUUAGCAGUUUCAUUCUGUUCAAGCACUUGAGUUUCUGCUGCUCUGCCCUUAGGGCAGCAUCACAAGGUAUGUCUGUGGGAUCAAGGAACAAUGAUGGAUGCAGUGUCACCAGAGCAUGCAGGGUUUAAUGUUCUUCCCUCAGAGGAGAGACUACAGCUGAGAGCUGCACCCACCCAUUCAGAGGUCAUUUGCCCUGCCCAUGUCCACACAGCGUGGGGUGGGUUCAAGAAGUCUCCUGCUCCUUCAGAGGGGUGGGGCUGAGACCUCUGCCCCUGCAGUGUGUCUGCAGAGCUGUGUGCCUUGUCUGCUGCCAGCUCCCUUUGCUAGUGCUGGUGACAAAGUAACGGGAUGGGAGUUUGCUGUGACCUGCAGAAGAAGGAGGGGGAAUGCCAGACUGCUAAGUUGCCAUCCAGGGAGUUUAUUUUGUCUGGGUGAGCAGUGGGGAAGAUUCAGAGGCUUGUGGUGUGGUUGAAAACUCCCUUCUGUGAAGGGGAACCUAUUGAGUACCGUACUGUUAAAGUAAAUGUAUUAAGUCUCAGCAAAUGCAGUAAUUAUGGCUUGGGUUUUUUCUGUUAAGAACAUUAACUUAUUAUAAGAGACAUUAGUGACUUUUUUCAGUCAGUGAUAAAUUUAAUAAAUUAUCUCCAAUUUUUGGGGUGAAAAUGUG